GUUUAUUGAAGAGCGAAAACAGACUACUGAUUUAACCACGCGGGAGCUUGCUAGCGAAUUUACAACCGAGACAAUGAAGCCCUUUAGACCAAUCUUGUGUAUAUUAAUCUUUGUGUUUUGAACAUAAUUCUGUUUACGUAUCUACAAGUUCAUUUAAACGUAAUUUGCUUGUUUAAUUAGCAAAUGUGUUAAAUUGAUACUGCACUAGGCUAAUCGCCCAGAGCAUGAGCUCACUAAUCUAGACAGAUAAAGGAGCUCUGGUGAAAGGAGAGGAAGAAGCUUUCAGAAUGAAAAAGGAGGAAGAGGAGGCUAUCACAUUGAAAGAGGAGAAUGUAUUGAAAGAAGAGGACGAACCUUUUGGAGUGAAUGAGGAACAUUUUGGAGUGAAAGAGGAGGCUAUCUCAGUAAAACAGGAGGAAGACGUUUUGGGAGUGAAAAAUGAGGAGACUGAAGAUCUGAUUACCACCAGAGAGAGACACGACUAUUGUGGAUCCUCUGGGGAGCCUCAACAACAUCCUGAUGCUGAUGAGUCAGAGAAGAGUCUCUCCAGAUCAGAACACCAGAUGGACAACGCUAGCCUUUCCUCCCUCCCGGAGUCCCCGUGUCAUGCCUCUCCCGGUAGCGCCGUACUGCUGGGUAUGAAGAGGUUGUCUGUGCUGCUGGUGGACUGCAGGAAAACAACGGGGCUGCGUGGAACUGUGAGAGGAGGAGGAGAGAAGAAAGGAUCAGAUUUGACACAUCAAAGAGAAAGACCAGACUCAGAGGAACCAGAGCCAGGGACGUCCAAACCAGCAAGAAGACACCAGUGCUCCCACUGUGGAAAGGGUUGUAACCACUUAUGGGAGCUGAAGCAACACGAGAGAAUACACACAGGGGAGAAGCCUUACCACUGCUCCCAGUGUGGAAGGAGUUUUAGCCAGAAAGGAUACCUAAACCAACACGAGAGAAUACACACAGGGGAGAAGCCUUACCACUGCUCCCAAUGUGGAAAAGGUUUUAUCCAGAAAAGCUACCUAAAACGACAUGAGAGAAUACACACAGGGGAGAAGCCUUACCACUGCUCCCAGUGUGGAAGGAGUUUUAGCCAGAAAGGAUACCUGAACCAACACGAGAGAAUACACAGAGGGGAGAAGCCUUACCACUGCUCCCAGUGUGGAAAGAGUUUUAACCUGUUAGGGUACCUGAAACGACAUGAGAGAUUACACACAGGGGAGAAGCCUUACCACUGUUCCCAGUGUGGAAAGGGUAUUAACCUCUUAUGGGAGCUGAAACAACACGAGAGAAUACACACAGGGGAGAAGCCUUACUAUUGCUCCCAUUGUGGCAAGAGUUUUAACCUCUUAUGGGAGCUGAAACAACACGAGAGAAUACACACAGGGGAGAAGCCUUACCACUGCUCCCAGUGCGGCAAGAGUUUUAACCAGAAAGGACACCUGAACCUGAGAGAAUACACACAGAAGAGAGAAUAAUUACUUCUCCUACUGUGUAAAUUGAUAUUUCACAUCACAUUGACUUAAAAUUCAUCAGAGAACAUACACAGUGCUCCCAUUGUCUUAUAUUGUUGACUGAUAAUGUGUUUACUUGUUUAUACCAUAUGAAAUUGAAUUGUACACAGUAUACUCAAACAUAUAUUUGUUUGUUUUUAUUAGAAAACAAAUUGUAUAUGGAGUCUGUCAGUUUGAAUAUAAAGUAGAUCAGAUUCCAUGUGUUUAAAUGGUCCUUUUUUAAACUCUGACUAUGUGUGUUUAUCUGGGUGUGUCAUUCCUCCAGCACUACAGAUAAUCGAGUGAUAUUUGGAUGUGAUUCUUUUGCUCCAUUGUUGAUAUUUGCAUUGUUGGCCCACUGAUGAUUUAAUGACAUUAAAAUGUUCAGACUGUAAUGGAAAAUGGUAAUUGUAUAUGUCCACAUAACUGAGUAUGUGACUAACCUUGUGAAACUGUCUUAUUAUAAUCUCCUGUUCCUGGGAGUAUCAUCCUGUGUUGCAAACCAGCUGUACCUGCAUCCUUGUAUGAAUAAAGUCCCUCCCAGGAACAGGAAACUAUAAAGAUAUGUGCUCAUCAACCAAUGCUUCAGGAAUUCAGACUGUCUACACUUCGCUGUGUAACUGUUGUAUAAGAGGUUAAACAAAGAUUCUGGUGUGACUCUGAUGUGGAAGAUGUUAUAAAUAUUUGUUGGUUUGAUUUGAUUAAUGAGGAGCAUCCAGACACUGCACUUGAUGAAUUUAUGAAAUUGCUUCUUCCAAUUAUUGAUAAACAUGUACCUGUUAAGAAACUGACUGUUAGAACUGUUAAGGCUCCGUGGAUUGAUGAGGAGUUUAAAAACUGUAUGUUUGAAAGAGUUGGGGCAAAAGGAGUGGCUAAUAAGUCUGGCUGCACAUCUGGCUGGCUUACGUACUGCAAAUGGAGAAAUGAUGUGACCAAACUCAACAAAAAUAAUAAACUUUAUUAUGAAUCCAAGAUCAAUGAUAUAAAGAAUGAUGUAAACAAACUUGUAAAAAAAACAUAAUGAAAGAAAAGCAUUGCAAGUAUUGAAUGUUGUAAAGUUAGUGUGGGAGAGGUGGAAAAAUUGUUAUCGAUCAAUAAUGACAAACCUCCUGGCAUUGACAACUUAGAUGGGAAGCUACUGAGGAUGGUAGCUGACUCUAUAGCCACUCCUAUCUGUCAUAUUUUUAAUCUGAGCCUAGAGGAAAGUCGUUGUCCUCAAGCCUGGAGGGAAGCCAAAGUAAUUACGCUACCCAAGAGUGGUAAAGCGGCCUUUACUGGUUCUAACAGCAGACCUAUAAUCUUGCUGCCAGCUCUAAGCAAACUGUUGGAAAAAAUCGUGUUUGACCAAAUACAAUGCUAUUUGUCUGUAGAAAAAUUGACAACAGAUUUUCAGCAUGCUCAUCGUGAAGGGCACUUAACAUGUACGCACUGACACAAAUGACUGAUGAUUGUGCAGAUUUCAGUGCAGCCUUUGAUAUUAUUGACCAUAACCUGUUGUUUAAGAAUGUCUGUGCUAUGGCUUUUCAACCUCUGCCAUAUCGUGGAUUCAGGGCUAUCUACCUAAUUGAAUUCAACAGGUUUUUAAUGGAAGCUUCUCUAAUGUCAAACAUGUAAAGUGUGAUGUACUUCUUUUUUUUACCAAUGACCUGCCACUGGCAUUAUACAAAGCAUGUGUGUCCAUGUAUGCUGAUGAUUCACCCAUAUACACAUCAGGAACCACAGCUAAAGAAGUCACUGAAACCCUUAACAAAGAGUUGCAGUCUUUUUUGGAAUGGGUGGCCAGUAAUAAACUGGUCCUGAACAUCUCUAAAACUAAGAGCAUUGUAUUUGGUACAAAUCAUUCCUUAAGUUCUAGACCUCAGCUGAAUCUGGUAAUGAAUUGUGUGGCUGUUGAACAAGUUGAGGAGACUAAAUUACUUGGCAUUACCUUAGAUUGUAAACUGUCAUGGUCAAAACACAUAGAUUCAAUCGUUGUAAACAUGGGGAGAGGUCUAGCCGCAAUAAAGAGAUGCUCUGCUUUUUUGACACCACACUCCAAAAAGCAAGUUCUGCAGGCUCUA